AUGUUUCUAUCAGCCAUUCCAAGCGGGCUAUCAGGCGCGGCUUCCAGCGACCCAUUCUCAUUCAUUCCAAUCGGUCAAGAAAACCAGCGCGCUGUACAGUUCAUUACAGGACGCGGGUCUACAUCCGAAUAUUCGGUUGAAGCAACCCAGGUUCAAAAGGACAUAUGCCAGGAACCUUUCCAAUGGGCCACGGCUGAGCUGGCCUUGCCCCACCCAUCGCCUAGCUUCCAAGAUAUCGGCAGAGUGUGGAAUACACUGGCAUCUUACCACGACGCAUCGGCUCACUUGAUUUGGCAUCCUGCCGGAUUCGGGGGAAACUCCAGGGUCACUCUGAGAUUCCGCCGAGCCGUUAUUGAUGCCACGUCGGUUGAUAUUAUCAAGACCGACUUCCUGCUGAUUCUCUUUGGUUUACCACCGCUGGACAGGCUGAGCUUCGUGUUCCAUUCCAACUUUGUCCGGCGCACCAAGAACCCCGAAGAAUCUGCCGCAUUCUGGCACGAUGUGCUCACCACGUCGGAAUCAGUGUCCGCACUCAGGACGCCUCUGUUGCCAGGGAACAUAGAGGCCACGGAGCGGCGGCAUUUGAGCUUCCAACCCCCCGAAACCUUGCUGCUGCUACUUGGCAUGGUUCCCGACAGCGUUGCCCGGCAGACACUUUUCGAGAUGAUCUGGUCUCUUGUGCUCAGCCAGCACAGCGGCUCUGAGGACGUGGUUUUUGGCGUCGUUGGCCGCGACGAGAGCUUCUUUGGGGCCGAAGCCACCGUGGGGUGCUUGGAUCAAACAUACUUGCUCAGAGUCCCAGUCUCUCCCAUGAGCACCGUGGAGGAGAUCAACAAAGCCAUCAAGAACUGCAAGAUGCGCGCCGCCCAACAUGCAUUCAUCGGCUUGCCCGCAAUACUCGAGCAUCUGCCCGAGGGCCAGGUGGUCGAGUCCGCCCUCAACUACACCAAAGCGCCUGCCUUUUCGUGUCUCGCUCCGGGACUGGGGAAGUUUCCCAUCGUCAUGAGCAUUUCCGGUUGGGAUCAUCCGACGCUCACCAUAAGCUACAUCCGCGACAUUGCCGACGCCGACGCCCAAACUCUCUUGGACCACUUUGUCACUGCUCUUGCUGGCACUAUAUCCAAGGACAAUAUCUCCGAAUGUCUCUUGCAAGAUAUCCCGCUCAUUUCCGAGAGCGAGAAGGCCAUUCUCGCUCCGCCAUCAGUCAAGCUCAUCAACGACCCCCCAACGCUACCGGAACUCAUAGAGGCGUCCGUACGCUCGCACCCAUCGCGCUUGGCCGUUGUCUUUGAAGACCAGGCUUCCUUAUCGUAUCAACAGCUGAACGAUGCCGCCAACGGCCUGGGACGACUCCUCGGGCUCGCCAAGGGAGAGGUCGUGCCGCUUUUGAUUGACCGAUCUGCUAAUCUGAUCAUCGCGCUCCUAGCCAUCCUGAAGUCUGGCGCCACGUACACCAUACUCAACCCCGACGUGCCCAAGGAAAGAAAUGCGCAAAUCAUCCAAGAAUGCUCCCCGAGAUUCAUCCUAGCAAACAGAAAGUACUCCCACCUGUUCCCCUCUACCGUCAGUAUCGAGGGUGCCCUUGCGGAAGCCGCCGCUUUUUCAGGCCCAGACAACAGUUGGAGUGCCGAGUCCAAGCCGAGCCCGGAUGACGCCAGCUACAUCAUCUAUACCUCGGGCUCGACUGGAAAGCCUAAGGGCACCGUUGUCACCCAUCGAGCUGCGGCCAGCGGCAUCACGCGGCACCCUUCACUCGAAGACAUGCCAAGAGUUCUUCUUUUUUGGAACCCGACCGCGUCCGCCGCGCAGAGAACGUUGAUCUCCACGCUGGCCCACAGCGGGACUAUGGUAAUUGCGAGCAUAGAGUCGAUUUUCACAGACCUUGCCGGCGUCAUCAACAAGUACCAAGUCGAUCAGAUGGAGAUCACCCCAACCGCGCUGUCUGUCCUCCAGCCAUCCAGCAUACCGGCCAUCAAGCAGAUCACUCUUGCCGGGGAGAGUAUCCCCCAGGCUUUGGUGGAUACUUGGUCUGCCGUUCCGAACUUAAUCAUCAGAAACAGGUUCGGCACCAGCGAGUGCACGCAGCUGAGCUUCGGUCGCCGCCUGAGGGCAAACGACAAUUCCAGAAAUCUCGGUGCUCCUACCGAUACAACGCUGGCUUACAUCCUGCGGCCGGGCUCGAACGAACUUGCUCCAGUGGGCGUGGCGGGCGAGCUCUGCCUAUCCGGCCCCCAGCUUGCUUCUGGCUAUCUUAACGAGCCGGCUCUGACGGAGAAGGCGUUCGUUCGCAACCCGCUUGGCGGAGAUGGGCCUUAUGCCAGGCUUUACCGAACGGGAGACGCGGCGCGCAAGCUGCCCGACGGCUCGAUCGAAAUCAUGGGGCGCAUUGACUGGCAGCUCAAGAUCAACGGAAACAAGGUCGAGCCUGCCGACGUCGACCAAGCAAUCUCUCAACACCAGAGUGUUGCCGCUUGUGUGACCUUUGGGGCCGAAGUCGGCGGCAACUUGACCCUGGUCGCGGCCGUGGUGCCGAAGCAAGGCGAGCUGCCCUGGAGCGAGCUCUUGCCGCUCCUCAGAAGACAAGCUCUCGGUACGCUUCCAUCUUACAUGAUCCCCAGCCUAUGGAUGCCGCUUGACGAGCUCCCGAGGUCCGCAAAUGGCAAGGCCGACUUGAAGACCCUCCGAUCUAGGGCUAUCGAGCUCGGGGUCCAUGGCUUCUCGUCCUUCACUGCAUCCGGAUCCCAGGGACAAAGUGUCAUUUCUGAUCCUGUCGAGCGCCAGAUCGCCAAUGCGUGGGCCUCUGCAUUGGGUAUCCAGGAGGACGCAAUUGGCCUCGAGCAUUCGUUCCUUGCCCUCGGCGGCAGCUCGCUACAGGCCAUCCGCGUCAUUGCUAAGCUUCGGGAGCAAGACAUUGUUGUGGACUUUCGCAGUCUCUUAACAGAUAUGCCGCUGCAUGAAGUCGCCUCCAAGACCCGAGAGUCUACUGUCGGCCCCGCGUACACAGAGCCUUUCACAUUGGUUGAUGACGUUUCCUUCGUUAAUGAGUUGAAGGGCGUGAUGGACCUGGUCGAUGCGUACCCGGCGACUCCUUUGCAGUCCGCUUUGCUAUCCACGCUCAACACCGACGACGACCCCUACGUUUAUCGCCGCAUUUGGGAAGUCGGCGGUCUGGACUUUGAGAAGCUAAAGCACAGCUUCUGUCGCGUCUUCGAUACGAGCGACAUCCUUCGAACCGGCUUUGUGCCCCACGGCCACUCCUACGUGCAAUUCGUCAGGGCGGAUGUCGGCCUUCCCUGGUCCGAGAGCGAUCUUACGGUUGAAGAGUACAUCAAGAAGGACUGCCGAAUUGACCUCCCGCUACACGGUCCACUCUUCCGCAUCGGCCUUGUCAGAGGCCAGUGGCUCGUUGUCACGAUGCAUCAUGCCCUGUGCGACUUCUGGUCUCACAAGUUUAUCUACGAAGACGUUGCGGCAGCCUACCAUGACCAGGCUAUACCCACAAGGCCCAGGUUCGCCGGGUAUGUGUCCUUCACUCAGCAGCUGGAUAGGGACGCCGCCCAGGCCUUUUGGACAGGCUACCUUGCUGAGGCUCCCAAGUCGAACCUUAACCCUGCUCGGCCUGAUGAGCUGCACCUGAAGCCGGAGGGCACAAGCAAGUCUGUGGCCCUCGACUUGCACGGUCGGACCAAGCUAUUGGGCAUCGCCCCUGGAGCUGUUGUCUCUGCCGCCUGGGCCGUGGUUCUCUCGCAGCACCAGAACUCUCAGGAUGUAAUGUUCGCCACGACCCUCUCCGGUCGAGACGCUCCCGUCCCCGGGAUCGAGAGGAUGGACGGUCCCACCCUCCUCACCGUGCCGCAAAGGAUCGCCAUUCGGCCAGGGAUGUCGCUGAUCAGCCUCGUCAAAGAUGUCUGCACGGCAAGUCUUAUCGACAUCAACCAGCAUGCACACGUCGGCAUGCAGGGGGCCCUGAAGGCUGCCGGCCUCUCCAAUGACUGUUUCGACACCCUGGUCAACAUCUUGCCCGCGGAAGAGACCUCGGAAGUCUUCACGCAGACGUUCAGGCGCAAUGGAGACCGGUCGAUCUGGAAGACGCCUUACACGCUACUCGAGGUGAUUGCAGAUGGUCCCCAAACCACCAUCCGCAUGUCUGGCGAGAUGGAGCUUAGGAGGCUCCAGUUCCUCUGCGAUUCCUUCGUCAAGGCCGUCCUGGCAAUCCUGGACACGCCCGAGCAGCUCGUGUCGAAGCUGGAUGUGCUUACCGAUACCGAGCACCGGUUCCUCCGCAACGAGGUGUCGAACCUCGAUACACUCGUCACUCCCGCGCCGAGCCUGCUCCAUGCCGACUUUGAAAGAUGCGCUCAAUCCGAACCGGGCCGCGUGGCCAUUAACUGGACCGGGACGGUUCAGGUCUCCUAUGCCAGCCUCAACGGACGAGCCAACCACGUGGCGGCCAUCUUGGUCGAGCAGGGCCUCCAAACCGGCGAUUGCGUCGCUCUGAUGCUCGACAAGUCCAUUGAGGCCGUGGUAUGUAUCCUCGGGGUCCUCAAGGCCGGAUGCACCUAUGUGCCCCUGAGCCCGGAUAACCCGAUCGAGCGCAACGCUUUCGUCUGUCGGGACACGUCGGCGAAGUUCAUCAUUUUGCAGAAUCGUCAGCAGGAUCUUUCCUGCCACCUUGAAGGUACGGAUGUCAUGGUCGUCGAAGACAUCGAGCCACUGGAGGGCGAGGCCCCGACAGCAGUCGUGACGCCAGAACACAUCGCCUACAUAAUCUACACCUCGGGCAGCACCGGUCAACCCAAGGGCAUUAGGGUCCCGCACCAGGCGGUGAGUUCGGCCAUCAAGUCCGCGUGCGAUAUUGAGGGCCGCAGCAAAGGCGAGUGGCGUGUGCUCCAAAUGUCCAACUACGUCUUCGACGUCUCCAUCCUGGACAUCUUCAACACGCUGAGUACCGGUGGGACGCUUUGCAUGGCGCCCACGUCGGAGCUUCUUUCCGAUAUGGCUGGCUACAUGAAUCGCAUGGGAGUGCGUCAGGUUGCGAUUACGCCGACCGUAGCCGGUCUGUUGCAGCCAAACGAUGUCCCCAACCUGGAGACGUUGAUCCUGGCGGGUGAGUCCGUCUCCAAGAGCAUCAUUGACAGAUGGACGCCCUUCUGCAGGGUCCUCAACAGCUACGGGCCGACCGAGACGAGCAUUCUCGUCUGCACCAAGGAGAUUCGGGGCAGCCACGGACCCGCCGGCAACAUCGGCGCUCCGUACCCGACCUUGCGCGUGUACCGCACCGGCGACCUGGCCCGCUGGCUCCCGGGUGGCGAGGUCGAGUGCCUGGGACGCAAGGACAAUCAGGUCAAGAUCAACGGGUUCCGCGUCGAGCUUGGCGAGAUCGAAGCCGUUAUCAGGGAAUCUGGCCUCGUCGCGGACGUUGCCGUCAUCCUCGCGACGAUCAACAACAAGCAGCAGCUCGUGGCCGCUUGCAUGUUCAAGUCGUCCGCACCUCUCGGCACUGCCGAACAGGAGGAGCUUGCAGCCGCCGGACAAGACCUCUUGGAGGCCGCCGAAAAACACGCAGAUGAUUUCCAAACUCUCCGUCAACGUCUCGGUUCGCUGGCGUACUACAUGCUUCCCAAGCUCAUCCUCCCGAUGGCGCGCCUCCCUCUCAUGCCCUCCCAUAAGGUCGACCGCAAAAGGCUGCAGGCGACAGUCGAGAAGCUGGGCGCCGUCGAACUCUCUCCCUAUGUCAUGGAGGCGGCAAGCGACGGGCACAAGGUCGUGCCCACCGAGACGCCCUUGGAACAGGCCCUCGAGCUCAUGUGGGUAGAUGUCUUGGGCGUGCCGGCCAUCCACAUAGGCAGGGAGGCCAACUUCUUGUCCUUGGGGGGGGACUCGGUCAGCGCCAUCAGCCUGUCGAGUGUGGCCCGACAGAUGGGCUAUUCCCUCGCAGUGCCAACCAUUUUGAGGGUGCCCAAACUGCACGAACUCGCAGCCCAAAUGGCCAUUCUCCCACGCGGAAACGGCCUUAGGAUCAAGCCGGUCUUUGAAACCCCGGAAAUGGUCAAGGUCGAGACAACGGCUGCUGGGCUGGAUUGGGAGAAGGACGUAGAUUACGUUUAUCCUUGCCCUCCCGGACAAGUUGAGUUCUUGAAGCAGGGCAAACGUGAAGAACAGGCCUGGGUCCUGCAGACGGUGAGGAGAAUGCCGGCCACGGCUGACCAGGAGCUGUGGAUCAGAUCCACGACCGCGCUUAGCGCGACGAAUGAGAUCCUGCGGACCUCCUGGCUGCAAGUGUCUGAAAUGGACUGGGUCGGCCUGGUGCUGCGCAGCACCGAGCUCGACUUGAGGCGCGUCAGCUGCAAGGACGAAGCUGAGGCUGCCCCCGUCAUCGAAUCGCUGUGGAACGAGAGGUUCGUCUUCCCCCAGCCGUUCAUUCGGUACAUAAUGAUCACGUACCCGGACGGCGCGUGGGACUUGGUCACCAAGAUGGACCACGCCGUCUACGACGGCACGCUCCUCCGCAUAUUUGACGAGCACUACGCCGCCAUCCUCCGCGACCAGCCUUCCCCGCGCCACACCACGUUCAAGGACUUUGCCUUCCACAUCUUUGAGAUGGACAAGUCAAGCUCGCUGGAUUACUGGAAGAAGAGGCUUCACAAGCAGGACGAGUCCGACUUUUUGAAACAGGCCGCCUGGGCGAACGCUCCGGCGCCCGUGUGCAACAGCGUCGUCAAGCGCCCGAUCCCUAAGACUGAUGUCGACCAGCUGGCCAGCGACCUAGGCGUCACGCCGGCCAUCUUGUUCCAGGGAGCAUUCCAGCUCUGGCUGUCUCAGGCCACCGCCAGCCGCGAUGUCUCCUUUGACUACCUGCUCACAGGCCGCAACGUCGACCUCCCGAACCCGCAGACGAUCAACGGCACCACUGCGAACUUCCUCCCAAUGCGCAUCGGCAUCGACCCGAAAGAGCGUCUCAUCUCCUACCUGCAGCGCACUCAGGACGACUUUUGGGAGAUGACGGACCACGGCGACGUCGGGCUGGAUCAGAUAUACGAGGCAGCCGGGCUCGACCGGCAGACGGUCAGCAGCCGCGUCCUUUUCAUCUACCAGCCCUUCGACCCGGCACCGGCAAACGACCCCGAUGCUGACUUCAGGUGGCUGGUCAUGGCAAAAAGUAAAGUGCGCCUGCUCGCCCCGUACGCCCUUGUGGUGGAAGUGCACAAGACGCCCGACAGAGCCUUUGCUUUGAAAAUGUCGUACGACGAUGCCGUCCUGGAUCAGGACGCGGCCCGCACAACUGCAGAAGACAUCAUCCAGAUCAUUGAGAAGAUGGUUGCUAGCAGCAGCGGAGAUAUAAUGGAGAAGCAAGUAGAGAACUUUUAG